CCCCCCCCCGCUCCCUUUGUGCGGGGAGAAAGUUCCUUGUUUCAAAGGACAAAACUUGCUGCUGCUGCUGCUGCAGGGACGUGCCUCUGCCCCCUGCAGACGAGCCCGGGGACGCUUUGUUUUCUGGUCUGCUCCAGCAAGUGGGGGGUGCCUCUGCCGACCCCACAGACCCUGGGAAACAGGCUCGUCCUCCUCGCCCACCCUGGCGGGUUACAGUGAGGGGACUAGGCUAGCCUGAUGGUUUCUCAGGGCCAUAGUGAUGGCUGAAGCUGGUCUCUGGGAGCCCGCUGCAGGCACAUACUCCCUUCCUAGAGUGAUGUGGAGCCAGUGAGUCAACCUCUGUCUGGGUCCUCUGCCUUUGCUGGGGCCUGUGCUGAGGCCAGCAGGAUGGGGAGCAGUGGCUCGGCACUGAAGGUCUGUACUGAUCACCGAGGAGGCAUCAACUGGCUCAGUCUGAGCCCAGACGGGCAGCACCUGCUGACGGGCAGUGAAGAUGGCACUGCACGUCUCUGGAGCACUUCAGAUAGCCAGUGCCAUGGCCACUUCCAAGGACAUGAAAGCUACAUCACCUUUUGCCACUUAGAAAAUGAGGUUGCAUUCACAUGUAGUGCAGAUCACACAAUUAGAAAGUGGGACGUGAUGACAGGCCAGUGUCUGGCCAUUUACCGAGGGCACACAUCAAUUGUCAACAGGAUCCUGGUUGCCAAAGACUAUCUAUUUAGCGGCUCCUAUGACAGGACAGCUCGGUGCUGGAGUGUGGAGAAGGAGAAACAAAUCCAGGAAUUCCGGGGCCAUCGGAACUGUGUUCUGACUUUGGCUCACUACUCCUCCAGGGAUGUUCUUGAUGAGUCGGAGGAGGAGCAGGAGAAACUGAACAGAGACUUCCUGGUGACAGGAAGCACUGACUGCACUGUUAAGGUCUGGUGGGUGUCGAGUGGGCGUUGCUACCAGACUCUGCUAGGGCACACUGGGGCUGUUUUAUGCCUUAUACUUGAUGCUCCAAACAGGGAGUUAUUUUCUGGCAGCACAGAUUAUACCAUCCGAACAUGGAAUAUUGUGACCGGCGAGCAGUUAAAAGUGUUCAAAGAGCAUCAAGGAUCGGUUAUCUGUCUAGAGCUGGUGAAUCGAUACUUGUAUUCGGGAAGUGCAGACAAGACGGUGAAGUGCUGGUUAGCAGACACUGGGGAGCAAGUCCAAACAUACAAGACUCACAAACACAGCGUUAGUACUUUGAAAUACCAUGCAGGAAUCUUGUUUACAGGAAGUGGUGAUGCCUGCGCUCGAGCUUUCAAUUCAAAGACAGGCGUCCUGCAGAGGAUCUUCCGAGGACACAAGUUCAUCAUCAACUGCAUUCAGAUUCACAAUGAAUUAUUGUACACAGCUUCCCACGAUGGCACGCUAAGGAUCUGGGACGUACAAGGAAUCUGCAAGCGAAACAAGCCUCGUCUGAGGAAGGAGCGGUCUGUGCCGGGCAAGAGCUCUCAGAAGGGAAGUCUGUCCCGUCUUUUCAAUAACAGAGUUGGCUGCACAGUGCAAGAGGAGAAUGGGGAACUUGAGGCUGUUGAACUAAUGUGAUUGCCUGGGACAAACUGUCUGUCAAAGAGGAAAAAACUGAGCCAUCUUCUGUGCCCUGGGGUGCAGAUAAGCCAAACCUUGGAAAGAGGUGGGAAAUUCCAUUGCCCAAAGUGUUCAAUCCAGAGUUCCCAUUCAUGUGAAUCAUGAAACUGCCUCUCUUCAGAAUAUUACUGAUGUCUCACAGCAUCUCAUAGUACAUUGUAAUGGAAAGGAAACUUGUGUGGAUGACUUACAGACCACGGGCAAUAUGGGGUCAGGCGCCAUUGUGAAGAGCAGUCCAUGAAAUAUGCCUUCCCCUAUAUUUUUGUUUGUAAUUAUAAUUUGUAUUUAAGACUCCUCUUCCCAGUUCCUUCCUGUACAGUGGUAUUUCACCCCACUGCUGCCUGACACUUGUCCCUGACAGGAGGAGAGGCAGGAAUAAGUAAUAAGCCAAUAGGCUCCCUCCCCUUCUUAUUGCCUGUUACAACACACUGCGAUGGAGCAGAAUGUGCAAGCGAAAGCUGCCUUGCAGGAUGACUCUGAAUUGAAUUUUCUCAGCUCCCCUUGGGGUUAUAAUCUUGCCUCUCAUUGAUCCGAAUGACUUUAAUGUAGGAGAGUUUGGCUGAGGCACACAGAUGCCUGAAGUCUCUCUGGUGCUUGAGCUUAGAGCAACAGAGCAGAGAUUUAAAUGGGCUUUGAAAAAACCCCAACAAAUGACCAACCUGAACUUCAGGCCUGUUCCUCCCCAUACAGCACGAGUGGGAGAGCAGGAUGGCAGUGAGUUCCCCUGGGGAGGUCGGGGGGGCAAGGGCUUUUCUUUAUUGCGGGCAUUGGAAAGCAGGACAACAGGCUUCAUGUAAGGAUGCUGGUUCUGAAGGAUGUGAUGGAGGGGGGUUGAGUGAAUGCGGCCACCCAAUAUCUCUCUGGCUUCACUGCCAAGGUCGCCCAGAGGAUGCAGGGGGCCUGGGGCAAAGCGGGGGAGCUGCAGUACUUGUACUCACCCGGCGGCGGUCUGCGUCUUCGGUGGCAGGGGGGCCCUUCAGUUGCUCUGCGUCUUCAGCAGCACUAAAGGGCCCCCCCGCCACCGAAAUGCCGCCAAAGACUCGGAUCGCUGCUGGGCCAGGACUCGCUGGGCCUCUGCUGGGCCUGGGGCAAAUUGCCCCACUUGCCCCCUCCCCCCGCCCCUUCCGGAGGCCCUGUUCAUUGCUGGGCCUGAGCUCCUUUCACAUCUCAUGAACCUGUCAGCGGUGCUGCAAAUUCCAUGACAGGUGACGUAGGAGCCAGACAAAAUCUAGAGAGUGGCUGGAGACCAUAUGGGCUUUGAAUUGAAGAGCGUGUUACCAUGGAAGAAGGUGGGGACCCGUUGGAGGGAAGGUGGUGGUGUGUAAGAUCUAGAGUGAAAUUGUUACAGAUCACCUAGGUGUACCUGAAGGAAAGGGAUGCAGUAGGUUUGGAUAAGCAUCUGAAUCAAUGGUUCUCAACCUGUUUCUGUGGCCCACAGUGUGUUACAUGGGCCACAAGUUGAGAAUCAGGCCCCCCACCCACUGCCCACCGUCCCCUAUGCCCAGCGUGGGGCCAGGAGCCGAUCCCUGGGUGUGGGCUGGGCAGCAGCUGGAUCCAGACCCCGCCAUGUGGGGCUGGAAAGCAGCUGGGACCCGAGUGCUGCUGCGUGGGGCCAGGCAGCUGGGAGCCCUGGCUCUGGGCCAGGGGUUGAGUACCCGGUACAGGCUGGCAGCCAGGACCCCAAAAGGGGAACCAAGAAUGGAGCCCCCCCCGCAGAAACCUGGGGGUGCUGCAGCACUCUGGCAAAUCCCUAGUUCCCUUGCCCCCCAUCCCCUCACUGCCCAGAGCCCCCUCCAGAAACCUACUCACAGACCCACUCUCCCACCCCGUCCCCCUGAGGCACUCACCUGCCCCCUGCUGGCAGGAGCGCUCCAGCAGUCUGCAUGAUGCAGUCUCCCCCUCAGCCAGCCCUGCCCCCGCCAGACCGGAAUGGCAAAGUUUGAAUUUUUUUUAGCACACAGUUGGGCUGCAGCUGUGUGCUUAAUUGGGCCACAGGUUGAGAACUGCUGAUCUAAAUGUAGGGGUGUGGCACUCAUCUCUACCAGGUUUACUGCUUCUUGAUAAUCACUGAGCCAUAAAUAUUCAAGUGUCCUUAUGUUUUUUGUAGCUACAGCACACUUUGUAGAAUCAAUGCAACAGAUACUUAACCAUGUGUGUUUAUUUUUGUGGCUUUAUUUAUUCUGUAUUGUGGCAGAUAAAUGCUGUAAUACUCUUUGUGAAUGGGUAAUAAACACGUGGCAUCUGUAGAUGAAA